AUGCAAGCGUUCAGUUCCACAUUUCGAAGGCUAAUGUCGAGCAAACAACUUCCUAAAUCAUUCAAGUCGGUAAUUUAUUCUGCUCACGAUAUAGCAGAUUGUACCCAGGUUCUAAAGGUUCAAAAUUAUGUACCAAAGGAGAGGCUCGAGGAAUCUAUUUUGUUGCGCACAUUAGCUUUCCCUAUCAAUCCGUCAGAUAUCAAUCAAUUGCAAGGUGUUUAUCCUUCGAAGCCGGAGAAGGUCCUUGAUUAUUCAACCAAGGAGCCUAGUGCCAUAGCAGGUAAUGAAGGUGUUUUUGAGGUUUUAUCUGUUCCAAGAGAGGAAUCUUCUCUUAAAGUUGGUGACUGGGUUAUUCCAUUACAUUCCAACACGGGGACGUGGUCCAAUUAUCGGACAUUCAUGGAUAGCAAAUCGUUGAUUAAAGUAAAUGGGUUAGACUUGUAUUCUGCAGCGACUAUUUCUGUGAAUGGCUGCACUGCUUACCAGUUGGUUAAUGAUUACAUUGAUUGGGAUCCUAAAGGUAACGAAUGGUUGAUUCAAAAUGCUGGUACUUCUGGUGUUUCCAAAAUUGUAACCCAAAUAGCAAAGGCGAAUGGAAUCAAGACAUUGAGCGUUAUAAGAGAUAGGGACAAUUUUGAAGAGGUUGCGAAGGAACUCGAGCAACGGUACGGUGCCACUAAGGUAAUUAGCGAGUCUCAGAACUCAGAUAAGCAUUUUUCAGCUUCCGAGCUUCCCCAGAUAUUGGGCCCUAAUGCCAAGAUUAGAUUGGCAUUAAACUCGGUAGGUGGUAAAUCUAGUGCUUCAAUUGCUAGGAAGCUAAGCCCUAACUCCACAAUGUUAACAUAUGGAGGUAUGUCCAAACAACCUGUCACCUUACCAACUUCCCUAUUCAUUUUUAAUGGAUUGAAAUCGUUAGGUUACUGGAUUACCGAAAACACUAAGAAAGAACCCGAUUCCAAAGUGGCCACUGUCAAAAAAAUACUGAAGCUAUACGAAAAUGGCCAUCUUGUUUCACCAGAACCUGAUGUUAAUGUCCUAGAAUGGGAUGUUGACGAAUUUUCUGAUGAACAAUUGUUAAAUCUAGUCAAAAAGGGGAUUAAAGAUAGCGGUAAGAAUGUGGUGGUGCUAAAAUGGUAA